AUGGCCGAAUCAACUUUCGAGAAUGCUAACAAAAGUUUUACGGAAUGGUUUUGCACCAAUGGCGGGAUGAUAUCUUCGAAGAUUACAUUUAAGGAUUAUAGUCGGGAGAAUGCGGGUCGUGGUGUUGUUGCGGUCGAUGACAUUGAGAAGGAUGAGGUUUUGUUCGAAAUUCCACGAUCUUUGGUCCUCUCCCCAAAAACAUCCUCCCUCGCAUCCAAAAUAUCCUCUGAAGAAUUUCAGGAACUAUAUAGAAACAACCGAUGGUUUCCAUUAAUAAUUUGCAUGAUGUACGAAAGUAAAAACAACAAUUCAUUAUGGAAGCCCUAUUUUGAUAUAUUACCGUCUGAGUUUAAUACGCCAAUGUUUUGGAAUGAUGUAGAGCUUGAUGAACUAAGAGGAACUGGUGUGAUCGAUAAAAUUGGGAAAGAUGAUGCCGAAAAGGCGUUUGCGGAUCGCUUGCUACCAUUUAUUCAGGUAAGGAAAUAA